AUGCAACACCUGGUAGUAUUCUAUUUUGUUGCUUUUAUUUCAAUUGUUAUCGCCAGCAGCGAUUCCUACUUCAAACUUCCAAUUAAACGCUCUUUAGAUGCUUCCUUAUCAGGGUCUAGCUCUGAGAUCAAGCGCGAUGAUUUGGGGCCAGUCGCUAUGAAGUUGAAGAAUAAUAAGAUCUACUAUCUGACUGAUAUUUAUGUGGGAUCUAAUCGUCAACCAUUUACAGUUUUAAUCGACACGGCAUCGUCUGAUUUAUGGGUUCCAACUUUGGAUGCCGUUUGCCUGUUCAUGAGACCAAUCAAGCGUCAAGCUCUCGAAUUUGAAUUGGCUGGGGAUGGUCAAUUGGAUGACGAUCUUACUCCAACCACGACUGAUAUUUUAGACGAAGGAAUGACACAGGCAAAAUAUCGUGCUAAAGAGAGUGCUCCAGGUGUAUGCACAUCAUUUGGCUAUUUCAACCCUUCAACGUCUACGACAUUCAAGUGGAACAAUACAAUCUUUGGAUUCAAAGCUUUAUAUUCUGACUUGGCUACUGCGUCCGGAGCUUGGGGCCAUGAUGACGUUGGGUUCGGCAACGUUGUCAUUCCGAAUUUUUCUUUUGCCGUGGCAAAUGCAACCAAUUCAGAAUUCGGAGUUCUUGGAAUAGGACAUUCAGAUCGUGAGUGGAGCGCUUCCACCUACGAAAACUUUCCAAUGCGCCUCAAAUCCAUGGGAAUCAUCGCUUCUAAUUCUUACUCCCUCUUUCUCAGUCAACAAAAUGCAACCGAAGGAACUAUCCUUUUUGGGGCAGUGGAUCAUGCGAAGUACAUUGCUCCUUUGCAAAAGGUGCCUAUCAUUCCAACAAAAUUUUCGAAUCCAUAUCUGAAGCCACAAGUGAUCUUAAGCGAGAUGCAGUUUCAGAACAACAAUCGUCUGAUGAAGUUGACUCCAAAUCAAUUCGUAGUCGUCUUGGAUUCAGCUUCUACAUAUUCGUACUUGCCUGGAAUAGUGGUGGCUCGCAUUGCUAAAAGCUUAGAUGGAACGUAUGACUAUGACUACUCAUUAUACAAAGUGGACUGCGAGUACAAGAACCCAGAAUUUGUGGUAAUGUUUGACUUCAGUGGAAUCAAGAUAAGGAUCUCCUUGGAUAUGUUAAUGUUUCAAUCUGGAAGCCUGUGUUGGUUGUCCCUCUUCCCAGUCGGCGAAGCCUCUGUUGCAUAUCCAGGAAUAUUGGGAGAAAAUUUUCUUCGUCAUGCCUAUGUGGUCUAUGACUUGGACAAUCUCGAGAUUUCAAUGGCGCCUGUGGUGUAUACUAACAACGAGAACAUUGAAGUAAUCCGUGACUCCGUUCCGUCAGCCCUGUCAGCUACGAAUUAUCUUUCGACACAAACUCAAUUCGUCUCAGCUUUCUGGGGGGAACGUAUAUCAACUUAUACUUUGUCCCCCUCAGAAGUGUUUGCAAAAACUACCUCGACCAGAGCUUUCAUCAGCGCGUAUAACAGCAAGGCUUUUAAGAUGCAAAAUAGCACGGAAACGAUCGUAGUUUCUUUGGCAACAUCCUCAAGCCCCGUUUUGUCCGGUUCGACACUGAUCAAUGGGGUGAGAGACAACAAGAAGACACUGUCAUGGAGCGCUGCUGGUCUUUGUUUUAUGAUGGGUUUCUUUAUGAUUUAA